UCUUGAUAUUCCAUAUAUACACACAAUUCAAGAAUGACAACUCACUUCAAAAACAAGACACAACUCUUGUUUUAAGCUCCAAGGGCAUCAUUUUUUUUUUUUGUAAUAAUUGUAAUCUCUCCUUAUAGAACGCAUUUACAUUUAUCUCAUUUGCACACAACAUAGCAUGAGUAACAUACUACCAAAAUAUUUGACCAAAUUUGAAGUAAUUAAUAACAAAUCCUUAAUAUUACUUGCAAAAAUGGAAAAGUUGGGCAAUUUCCCACUAAAGUAGCGUGAGAAAGGCACUACCUCACGUUGAAAGUCCAACACUUCCCCAACAAAGAGCACUUGCCUAAUGCCUAGUGCGUGCUUGCCGCCCAAUACUUCCAAGUCUUUAACUCAUUUUUAGCCUAACUUUUUCCAGUACAUGUUUGUUUUCCUAGUAGUUGGAGAUUUCUAAUUCUCGUGUUCAAUACAUUCAUAUGCCUAAAAACCAUUCUUGAUUCUUCACCCACCCUUUCUUUCUACUUAUUUGCCUCUACACCAAAAUGGCCUCAAAUAUGUACAACAAACUAAGAAAAUCACCUGUUUCCUCAACCUCUAAUUACAAACUUUGUAUAACUCUUUUCUUCAUUGUUCUUUUCACUAUACCAGCUCUUUUCCUCCUUCAAAGUAGUAACCCUUCCUCCCUAUGCUUUCCCCCCUUUUCCACCACUACAAGAGCCAAAUCAUGGGCAGGCGACUUGCGAGUCGCCACCUUUGCAUGGAACCACCUAUCCUUCGCGGAACGUGGACCUAUGCCCCUCAAGGUUGCGGUCUUUUCGAGAAAGUGGCCCGUGGGGUCCAUUCCAGGGGGCAUGGAACGCCAUGCCUACACACUUUACACUGCCUUAGCCAACCGUGGGCAUAGGAUCCAUAUCUUUACAUCCCCAUAUGGUGAAGGAGCAGUCCUAAGCCCAAGCUCAUCAUCGCGGACCAAUCCGAUCAUACAUUGCCACGAGGGUGAGCCCGGGACAUGGCGAUACAACAAGGCAUGGGACCAGUUUACAGAGGAGAACCAACGGGAAGCAUUUGACGUGAUCCACACAGAAAGCGUGGCACUCCCUCAUGGGCUGGCGCGCCACCUAACCAACCUUGUGGUUACAUGGCAUGGCAAUGCUCUUGAAAGCUUGCAAUCAAGCAUAUAUCAAGACUUGGCUAGGCAACCAGAUGAGCCUAUGUCCCCUGGUUUUAACCAAAGUAUUCAAGGUGUAGUCCCUAAAGUACUCAAUGAAAUAAGGUUUUUUCACAAUUACAAACAUCAUGUUGCUAUUAGUGAUAGUGUUGGCGAGAUGCUAAGAGAUGUGUACCAAAUACCAUCUAAGAGGGUACAUGUUAUUAUCAAUGGUGUGAAUGAAGGUGACUUCAGGGAAGAUGUUAGAAUAGGCCAAGAUUUUAGGUCUAAAGUUGGUGUGCCUAAAAGUGCUACCUUAGUCAUAGGUGUGGCAGGAAGAUUAGUGAAGGACAAAGGCCACCCCUUGGUUCAUAGGGCAUUCUCUAAGUUUGUAAAGGACCAUCCAGAUGUGUAUCUGGUUGUGGCUGGGUCGGGUCCAUGGGAGAACCGAUAUAGGGAACUAGGUCCACAAAUACUAGUUUUGGGAUCCAUGAAGCCAUCCGAGCUAGGAGCCUUCUAUAAUGCGAUCGAUAUAUUCCUAAACCCAACCUUAAGACCACAAGGCCUCGAUCUCACACUUAUGGAGGCGAUGUUAAGUGGAACCCCGGUGAUGGCCUCGAGGUUCCCAAGUAUUAAGGGGACCAUAAUGGUGGAAGAAGAAUUUGGGUUCAUGUUCGCUCCAAAUGUGGCUUCGUUGGUGGAGACAUUGGAAGAAGUAGCUCAAGAAGGUCCCAAAAGGUUAGCUCAAAGAGGGAAAGCUUGCAAGGACUAUGCACAGUCUAUGUUCACUGCACACAAAAUGGCGUUAGCAUAUGAAAGGUUGUUCCUUUGUGUAAAAAAUGAGACAUUUUGCAGAUAUCCUUAAAAAGUAUAAGUAAUCUUGUUUUUCCCUUCAUGUUUAUUUGGGCAUAAGUUUUCCCCCCUGUUAGGGUGAUACAUAAUUUAUACGAGUACUUGUUUGGUUCUCCAGA